AUGUUUGGGGGUGGAGGCAGUUUUAUUACUCAUUUCUGUAUUCAAAUGAUUGGGGUUGGGGGGUUGGGCAUGUGUUGUUGGAAGCAGCAGAGCCAGUCCUUAAGGGAGAGGACAGGAGCCCCUGCUGUUCGCAGCCCCUGCCCUCCUGCUCUCCCCCAGUUUCCUGCCUGGAGGCGGCAGGAAAUGCUGAAGGGAAGGGGUUGCUGGGAGGCAGGGCGCCCAGGCCACCAGAUGGGAGAAACUCAAGGGAACUCUACAUUUUCUCUUUUCUCUCCUGCCCCCAGGAACCCAGUGAGAAGGUUUAGUCCUGGGUAUUUCUACUUUCACUUUACAAACUGCCCUGACCAUGGAGGUCGCAAUGGCUGCUAUCUCUGCUACCAAGUGAAAAGAACACAGAGGCGAUUGCCAUUGGACAUGAGCACCGGGGUUUUUGAAAAUGAGUUCUAUCCCAAGAAGCCCAGGCACACAGAAAUCUGCUUCUUGAACUGGUUCAAGACCCAGCAAGCAUUCUUGGCUCAGAACCUGUCCCACGAGGAGAAAUACCAUGUCACAUGGUACAUGUCCUGGAGCCCCUGCUUCCAAUGUGCGAGGCAUGUGGUCGAGUUCCUCAAGGACCACAAGUAUGUGCAGCUGAGCAUCUUCGUUGCCCGCCUCUACUACCCCAGGAGGCCCCAGUACCAGCAGGGGCUGCGCAGCCUGCAAGGUGCAGGGGCCCAGGUGGCAAUAAUGACUCCAGAUGACUUUGCCUACUGCAGGAAGAUCUUUGUGCAUCGCCCCCAUAAACGAUUCUGGUACUGGGAAGGAAUAGAUGAAAACAGUUGCAGCCUAUCUAAGACUUUGGAGGACAUUCUCAGGGCCUGUUGUCCACUUGGUCCUCCUCACAGUCUGCCAGUUGUGGGGCUGGCUGUCCCCUGCCUGCCCGUGGAGCUGCUGCUCUGUGGCCUUUCCUGUGCCCUCUUGGCCAUUAGAAUUGCACUAAAGGAUGAGUGGAGCACUCGGGGCAUUUGGUUUGAAGUACUUGGAUCCACUUUCUGUGCUACUGACCCCGUUAUCCACUCAGAGAAUACUGAAUUGUCUGUUAUCUCUCUUGCCCACUGCAACCCAAUGAGAAGCAUGUAUCCCAAGACCUUCAACUUCAACUUCCAAAAUCUAAAUGGCUAUGGGCGGAAGUCUACCUUCCUCUGCUUUGAAGUGGAAAAAUGGGAGGAUGGUUCAUUUCUUGACUAUCAAAAUGGUGUCUUUCGAAACCAGGUUCUGUUUCCUGAUGAGAUUCGGUGUCCUGAUGUGCAAUACCGUGUCACCUGGUACGUAUCCUGGAGCCCCUGCUUUGAGUGUGCAAAGCAGGUGGCUGACUUCCUGAAUGAGAACGAGAAUGUGGACCUGAGCAUCUCCGCUGCCCGCCUCUACUUGUAUGAGGACGAAGAUGAGCAGGGGCUUCGAGAUCUGGUUGCUGCAGGGGCCAAGGUGGCCAUGAUGGCUCCAGAGGACUUUGAAUACUGUUGGGAUAAUUUUGUGUACAACGGGGGAUGA